GAAACAACCCAAGCACCUCACCGCCUUUUCAGGCGCCCGCGCCGACUUCGGCCUUUCGGCCCCUCAAUGAUCAAGCUCAUCAUGCAGCUCCACCGAUUCCUCCUCCCAACCAUCGUCUUGGCAUUCAGUGCACAGCACGUCGCUGACGCCAAAACCUGCAAGACCCUGCUCGACAAUGACAGCGCGCUGGUCAAGUCUCUCGCCACCGCGUAUCAAGAUGACUUCUCCGAGUUCCCGUUUGACGCGGUUUUCUCCGACCUCCACAAUGCCGCACCCUGGCUGUCCACGUGCGCGGCAGCCAUCGAUCCGGUGGCAGUCUACGCGUCGAUGCAAACCUCUUCGAGUUUUCGCUCCUGCGUACGCAAGUUCGAGCGGGCCAAUCUCGACGACGGUCUCUUGAGUCGGGGAGGCUGGAACACGCUCUGCCCUCUGCUCAAAGACACCGGCGUCCCGUGUGUGAAGAACGCCAUGGUCGAGAUCGUCAUGGACGCGUUCGCCACCACCAACGGCUGCUGCGAUGCGUUCCUGGCUCAAGUCGACACGCUCAUCUCCAACUCACUGACGACUAUGGUGGAGAAGCUGAGCCAGUACGCAGUGAACAUCGCGUGUUCGGAGCGCAAGUUCACGAACUCGCAGGGCAAAGCAACCACGGAGAUGUGCGGAUACUCCAUCGCCAAGGCGUUCGGCUUCACCGACAGUGAAGACGACGUCGUGCCCCUGCUGGGUCUGCUGCAGCUUCCGAACACUGAAAUGUGUGACGCCUUUGCCGGCAAGGCCUUCAAGAUCACCAACGGCAGCGAGUUCACGAUCGGAUUCGGUACCAAGGGAGCGGACCCGAUGGGUAUUUGCCUCCAGCCGAUCGACGCGCUGCUCGGAUACGUGGCGUCGUGGCCGCUCUUCGCGCAGACCUGGAACGCCAACGGAACUUCCUUCUCGCCGUCGAGUUUGUUCGCUACGGGAAAGUCGCUCAGCUAUGCGACGCUAAAGAGCUGGUUCAACACGCCCAAGAACUUUGUCGCGAUCGUACAGCACACGAUGGAGAAGUACGUGAGUACCGUGCGUGAAUUCUGGUCGGCCCGCUACUCGUCAGAUUCGUCGGCUGGCAUCGGUCCGAUGCUUCUGCAUGUCCCGAACGGCGGCGAAUGCACGUUCGUGGGUGAAACGAUCUCGGUGCCGUUCGAUGUGAGAAAGGUUUCGGCGAUCGAUACCGUCGCCACAGCAGUGACGAUGGCUCCAAGUGGGACCACUACCGUGUCGACCCAGUCGUCGGGUGCAGCUGGUGCGUCGACUCUGUCCUCGAGCAUGGGGCUGGCAAUGCUCUCGUGUCUCGCGAGCAUCGUCCUGUAGAUGUUGAGGUCAUGUUUGUGUGUGCUCGUAUCGCGUUCAAGCCUGUUGUGUGUUCUGGUAUUAAGUCUUGUUAAUGCAGUGACGUUUCAUUUUU